UACAAACCCUAAAUAAGAUAUUCGUCGUUUCUCGCUACCAGCUCCUUCAUCUCCAAUGUCAACCUCCUAUUUUCACGAGGAACUGGUGACGGAAAUACUCAACCGGCUGCCUCCGAAAUCGCUAUUCCGAUUCAGGUGCGUUUGCAAAAUCUGGCGAAAUUUGAUCGGAAAUCCUGAUUUGUUUGGCCCAAACAACCCCUUCAACCAAAUCCGAUCGAUUCUCCGAGAGCCCAAUUCUCCUCCUCUUCUUCUCGUCAAAGCUAAACACGGACCAGACGACUUGAAGCACAUGUUCUAUUUCCUCUCUCACGACACCCUGAAGUGCCAGGCUAAAAUUACUCUAGAAGAUUUGGGUGGAUGUCUUCAACAUCUUAAGCUUGUGGCUUCCUGUAACGGUUUGCUCUGUCUCCGCGACCGAAGCUUGCGGUACAUCUACCUUUGGAACCCCGCCACGUCGGAGGGACUCAAUAGUCUCCCUCCCCACGCUCAGAUGAAUUUUUAUAUGAUGAAUUCUUCUUCUUUCGAUCCUACUCGGUGUCCAGUUUCUGUUUCUCCCGAUGCCGUUGGGUUCGGUUUCGACCGGAGAUCCAACGACUUCAAGGUGUUGAGCAUUUAUGAUUUUGUUGAUCGCAAAGGUAGAUCGAAACGCCGGGCGGAAGUAUUCCGCCUAAGCACUCGGACUUGGCGGCGGCUUGACAUCUUUGUGCCCUUUGAUGAGAAAAUAUAUUAUAAUUAUUUUCCUACCACUGCUUCCGAUGGUUUUUUUUUCUGGUGGGUGGUGCUUUGUGAAAGUGCUAAUAAAUUUCGUCCGAAUACAGAGUAUGAUAAUGAGAAAAUUGUUGCUUUCGACUUCAACGAAGAGGUGUUCCGUACCACUCCACUUCCCGACGGUUUUCAUUAUAAUGAUUUCUACUCUGUCAAUUUCACAGUCUUCAAUGGGUUUGUUGCUAUAAUAGGUUUUCCAAAGGAAAGGCUAAUCACUGGUGCUCUUGGGUAUAGACUCUGGGAAAGAACCUCCCGAUCUUUGGGUAUAUGGGUUUUGUUUGAAUUUGGUGUGAAGGAUUCGUGGACUAAACUUAUUGAUAUUCCACUCUCAUUAGAUUUUCCGGAAAAGCCGUUGGGGCUUUGGGGAAAUGCAUUAUUUAUGCAGAAUGCAGAGGGGAAGCUGGUGUUGUAUGAUCUGUUAAGCCAUUCAGAGAAGGAUGUUCUUCAAUUUCAUAGGAAUAGAGUUGGUGGAGAUAAAAUCGAGGAUGACGAUGAGAUUUUGAAUUUGGAUGUAGAUGGGGAUAACCUAGUGUUACAGGUUUUUCCCUACGUGUAUUCAAGCUUGAUUAAUUUGAGCUUGGAGUUAUCGAAGCACACGCACCACUUGCAUUACAAUCUUGAGCCCUUUCGAUCUGUGCACCACACUUUCGGAAGUUUUCCUGCACGGAUGAGGAUAAAUUGCAAGCUUUUUACACCUUGGGAUGGGGCUACACCUAACAAAGUUGGGAUCUAAAGAAAACGGGUUUCAUGGAGGUCUUGCGGGUGCAUGAGGAAUGUCGACAGGAGAUAUUGCUAUCAGCUUGGUUAUUUGGACAUGCAAGAGAACUGGUCUACAUGUGACACUCACAAAAUUUAGUUUGUACGAUUUGGAUUGGCUAUUGAUGAGUUAAUUUAUAAGUUUCAAUUUUGUAUAGCAUUAGAGAAUUUAAUUAUUAGGAUCAAG